AUGAAUAACUCGUACAUUGACGUUGAAACUUCUUUGGGCGGCGUUUUCAAUCGGAUAGAGGUUCUUUUUGAAGUGAAUAAUGUUAAAGCUGUGUUAUUUUAGAAAAUCACAGAAGUUGAUUCACAAACUUUACUAAAUGAACGAAAGAAUAUGAAAAGUUUGUGAGUUACCAAUGAAGUUUCGGGAACAUUUUUCAGUUUCAGUGAAGCAAUCGUCAAAGAAUUCAAACAAAGUGUCGACGCAUAUAAAUCCACUUCAAAAGGUUAGAUAUAAUUUCCUGUUAUUAAUUCAUUCCGACUAAUUCAAGGGAGCGUCAAAGGGAUCACAGAAGACAUUAAACGAAUUCAGGAAGAUAAUAAAAUUCUAAAGGAAGGUGAGCUAGUUCACGUGGAGUUCUCUUGAUAUCGUAUAGUUAUUUCUUCAAAAUUUACAGGUUUUUUUAUAUCCUAAUUUUUGAAUGAAAGUUAUUGGGGAAAAAGUUUUUUUGAGUAUAGUUAGCACUACUCUUCGACAAUUUUGAAAAAAAAAAAUUAAAACUAAAAGGUCAUAAUAGAAAACUAAAAGGUCAUAAUAGUUUUUUAAAUUUUUUCAUGUUUUGGCACAAUUUUCAAAAUAAAUCUCCUAGAGUAGCUUAUAUUAUCGUUGAAUAAUAAGAUUCACGUCCGAUUUUUUUAAUAAUUGGAACUUUUUAUAGAAAGUGAAGUUUUUGGAAGAAGAAAUGAUAUUUGCGGAAAGUCGUCUGGCAGAAAAGACGAAGGCUUCCGAGAUAUUCUCGAAAAUCUCUGAAACACUUUUAAUGGAGCAAGAGUUGCUGGAGAAGGAAAAUUCGCUGCUAGAAAACGGUUCGUUAAUUUAAGCCGUUUUUUUCAAAAAUAGAAAGCUAUUUUCAGUGUUCUCGGUUUGCAACACAUUGGAGGCGAGCAAAAAACUUUAA